AUGCUCUCAGAACCAAUAGACUUGACCAAGCGGGCAAUGCUGAGGAGCACUCCUGGAAGUCCUGUGCCAACAAAUUUGGAGCUUUCAGCUGACGUGGAUUCUUCUGCCAGCGGUCAAACUUCACCAUCCCUGGUCUCAUCAUCCAGGGAAAACUCUACCUCUCCAACAACAGCGGCAACAUUGAGGACCAGCUCAAAACGGCCUGCUAAAGAUCUGACCCAGUUUGCUUCUUUGGCAGCGCGUCGUGUUCGUCUGAGACCAGCAGGUGAGAAGGAACUCGACCGAGUGUCGAAGGAUAAGAUCGACCACUAUACCUUCGCAUUACUCCUCUCGCCGGUAUUGCCAUUCUAUCUGGCCAAGAACACUGCUUCGCUUGGUCCCAUCAAGCUGGUCAUGGGUAUUCUUGAGAAGCAUCCUUCAUGGGGCUUCACCAAGGAAGUUAAAGGGGACAAGUACAAAUUUGAUAUUGUGGUCAAGAGAGUCCAGACUCAUCUCACGGAUCAGCGUGCAGAGCUUAAGGAGGUGAUCACACUCUCCCUGGGUCCCGAAGGAUUGUCGGAGGCUCACGGUGAGCAGAUGGGCACUGUGUCAAAGGCUCCGAAAAAGAAAACACCUGAUCCUGUGCAACUCGACAUUGUCGAGCUCUGCAAAGCCCUCGCGUCCAAACAUGCUGCUACCCACGUCAUCAUAAGCCUCGAGAUGUGUGCGCGGGUUGCCUUCCUGCGCAAAUUACUUCUAGAGAUGAUCAAGAAUCCUCAGUUGGAACCCACCGGCGGAUACUGGGCUUUCGUUGAUGCGCAACUAUCAAUUGUUCGAGAGCGUUAUGCUGCGGAGCCGGUGAAGAUGACCAAUGUUUUCACGCAGAUUCUGAAAGACGAUCAAGGGAAGUACGGUCAGACGAUCAUUCCGGGCCAGGAUGGGGCCGUCGCCGCCGACAUCAGCUGCACACAGAACAUUGCGAACAGGGCCGCUUCUGGAACGUUUGUCGAUGAUGAAGAUGACUAUUAG